AUGUUCAUUAAUGAUUUGCCCUCUAUUUUUGAUAACACUGUUGAUAUACUGCUAUUUGCUGAUGACGCAAAAAUGUUUUCUACAAUUUAUUCUCCAUCAGAUGCUUUAAAUUUGCAAGCUAACUUGGAUAAGUUUGUAAUAUGGACUCACCAAAAUAGAUCAUCUCUAAAUAUAAACAUAUGUAAUGUUGUUACUUUUUCACGCAUCGAUAAUCCUAUUAGCUUUGAUUACAAUAUUGAUAAUUAUUCCAUUACAAGAACAACUUCUAUUAGGGAUUUAGGGAUUGUUAUUGAUUACAAUUUGUCUUUUACUACUCACAUUAAUACUAUUACUAAAAAAUCCUUUAAGAUGCUUGGCUUUAUCAACAGAAACACAGUUAAUUUUAAAAAUAUAAAUGCCUUGAAAACUUUAUUUUUUGCGCUUGUUAGAUCUCAUCUUGAUGUUUGGAUCAAUAGUCUGGUCACCUAG